AGCAGAGGGCGAUAUUGUAGCGCAAUAGACAAGGGCAAAGGCUUCGAAGUACUGUAGUGGCAACUGACAGCCUGAGCACACUUCCUGGAUGCUGAGUAACCGCUUUGUUUUCGGAAUCCUGUACACUAUAAGCUUCCAAUAACAGGAUAUUUUCACGUAUUUGCUUCUCACUGGCUCAUCGACGACAACAUAAAGUCAUCCAACCGGCCUGCGGGCGUGGUCGUCAUUCUGCCGAGAGCCCGUUAUAACGUCUCCAGACACUUCGAACAGCUACCAAUAGAGACGCUUUUAUUAACUUAAAAAGAGUGCUCGUUAAACGUUUGGAGAUGAACGGAGACUGCGUGGACGCGCGGCGCCAGGACACAACAGAUGCUGGUAAGGAUGGGGCAUCAGGAGUGCAGGUUGAUGCUAAGGCUCAGUCACAUGCCUACAGGUACAGUCUGAACUACCCCAGCAUUGGCCACUGCAUCAUCAUCAAUAACAAGAACUUUGAUCGCAGGACAGGCAUGAACCAACGGAACGGUACUGAUGUAGAUGCAGGAAAUGUAUUGAAUGUGUUUCAGAAGCUAGGAUACACUGUGAAAGUCUACAAUGAUCAGACAGUUGCACAGAUUAUGCAGGUUUUAACAGCAGUUGCCCAUAACGACCACAGCCGCUGUGCUUCGUUAGUGUGUGUAAUGCUCAGUCAUGGAGAUGAGGGAUUGUUUUACGGUACUGAUACUUCUGUGGAGCUCAAGACCUUAACUAGCCUUUUCAGAGGAGACCGUUGCCCAUCACUAGUGGGAAAGCCUAAACUUUUCUUCAUACAGGCUUGUAGAGGUACAGAACUGGAUCCUGGUGUGGAGGCUGACGUCUCCGAUAAUUCUGUGAGGAUUCCUGUGGAGGCAGACUUCCUCUAUGCGUACUCUACGGCACCAGGUUACUACUCUUGGAGAAACACCAUGAGCGGUUCUUGGUUCAUUCAGUCCCUUUGUGAAAUGAUGGCAAAGUAUGGCAAAGAACUAGAGCUCAUGCAGAUCAUGACCAGGGUCAACCAUAAAGUGGCACUCGACUUUGAGUCAACCUCCAACCAGCCUGUCUUUGAUGCUAGGAAACAGAUCCCCUGCAUUGUCUCGAUGCUCACCAAAGAGAUGUACUUCACUGCUUGAAGGGACAAGGGAACUAUUAAAGCUUCUUGUAUUUCAGCUUUUCUGUAAACAGCACAGCUAUAGGAUAUAGAUUUAGGGUUGAGUUUAAGACCCUUUUUUCACAGUAACAUUUGCUGGUCAUGCUCACUUUGGAAUUUCUCUGUCUCAGGACUGGUGUUAUGGUUCUUAUUGGCAUUUAAAAUACUGUAUGUGAAAGCAGGUACUCAGGUUUUUGUUUACCUCUUGACUAUAUACCAUUUUGCCUCUGGGUUUCUAAUUAAAAUCUAAUAAUGAACAAUCAACAGUGGCAGGAGAGGUUGGGAUUUUUUAAAUUACAGUAAUCAGGGAUUUUAAUAGGCUAUUGCACUAGUUUGACUGUUGAAAUGGGAAUCGUAGUUGGGCAUUAAAUUGUUGAGAUCAUCUUAAUUUGAAGCAAAGCCAGUGUGCUAAUUUAACGUGAAAAGCAAAGAACAGCAAUCAGAACUAUUCCCAAGUGCCAGUCACUGAACCAUGUUAACAGAUUUUGGUGCUACUUCUGAAAUGUCAUGUGCAGGUUUCCAUUAGGACACAAUAAAGCAUUUUUUUUUACUGUUUCGGUGACCUAGUCCAUUUCUACAGAAAAAUAAAACUCAAAUUGACAGCUAUGUAUUUACAUUGUAGUCUAGGGGGUAAACAACCAAAACAAACACACUUUUUGUGGUGUUAGACACCAAUAUUACCAUAGUGCUUAAAUUAUAUUUAAUCUGGACUGCUCUUUAAUUAGUCUCUUCAAGAUGAUUAUGAAUAGCAUGAUAGCAUUAAUCACCUGAGAAAAAUCACAUAGAAUUCUUUCAGUUGAGGUCAUGCAUGUGUGCAUGCAUUGUGUGUGUGAGAUGUUCCUAAUGUAUGCAUAUAUAUAUAUAUAUAUAUAUAUAUAUAUAUAUAAAGCAUACUGUUCAUGUUUAUUGUACAAUCUUGUUUACUGUACAUAUAUGCUUUCUUGUGUAUAAGCUAGUGCUCUUGUAUGUAUUUAAACAGCUCUGUAGUGUUCUGGAUGAUAAUACAUAUUUCACUGAGA